CUUCGCUCUCUAGAUGCUCGCUUGUUCAUAUUUAUCAUACAUUCAACGGUAAACAGAGCGGUCUACUUCAGUACAGACUUCACUCAUGUAUCAUGAUAUAGUUCCUGAAAUUUGAAACAGAGCUUCAUCAUGGAUUCCACGCCUAUAUUUGUGUUAUCGAUCUUGUUUUUCGUAACUUCCGGAGGAUAUGCGCAGUUGUUCAGUUGUAACUUUGAAACCAACCUCUGUGAUCUCACUUCAGACACCUCUACAACAUGGAGCAUGGUGGAAGCAGGGGUCACUAAGAGCCCUGGCGCCGAUCACACCUUUGACAGUUCGAGUGGUCACUAUAUGUACGCAUCUUUGAGAAGUGGCCAGACUGCUCGUGCUAUCACGACCGAUCUCCCCAUCACAACAGAGAAAAAAUGCGCGGAGAUGUACGUUUUCAUGAACGGCGGGAGUAACGCUGUCCUCAACGUUUAUGUCAGGGAGUCUGGCAAACCCACGCCCUCUGAUCCGGCGCUGACUCUCCAAGGCGACCAAGGAAAUCAAUGGGUUCGGGCUUUAUUAACAGUGGAUCCGCAGCCAAAAGCAUUCCAGAUUGUAAUUGAAGCCAAGGACGGCGAUGUAUCUGUUGAUGACAUGUCUCUUGUCGAUGGAGAAUGCCCACACAUUGACUGGAUUUGCACAUUUGAAGACCCUGGUAUAUGUGGCAUGCAGCAGGAUAAGUCGGAUGAGUUUGACUUCAAACGGCAAAACAAGGGCACGGGCACGUGGUAUACAGGGCCUAAACACGAUCAUACGUACAAUAAUGCAACAGGCUACUACAUGUACAUCGAGGCGAACAAAGUGAAUGUCGGUCACGUGGCGCGCCUCAUGACACCUCUACUCCGGGGAACUCCGGACCCCGCCCAACCCUCCUGCCUCAUCUUCUGGUACGACAUGUACGGAAAGGACGUGGAUUCACUCAACGUGUACGUCACCUACCCUGGAGCCACGGCCUUCCCUGGUGACCUGGUGUGGUCGCUGGCAGGGAACCGCGGGGACCAGUGGCGGGGAGCCGAGGUGGUGCUCAACAUCACAGUAGAUUUCCAGAUUGUCUUUGAAGCUAUGCGAGGAGACAACGUCAAAGCCGACAUCGCAAUCGACGAUGUUGAGUUUGAUGGCUUCGCGCAUUGUCCUGGUCAUAACGUUCUGCUGAACCACAGUUCUAUAAGCUGUACCUUCGAGGAGAUUGAGCUAUGUUACUACACCCAAGACACAACGGAUGACUACAACUGGUCCUGGAAGAACAGAGGUACUCCGGCCUCCUACACCGGCCCUGAUGUGGACCACACUAGAGGAGACGAACUUGGUUUCUUCAUGUUAAUCAACCCGUCCAACUCCAAACCCAUCGGAGCCAAGGCACGCUUUAUCUCACCCCUCUCAACGCCCCUCCCCCAGGGCGGCUGCAUCGAGUUUUACUACAACAUGUACGGUAUCGACGUCGAGACCCUGAACGUCUACACGAAGACGGAAGACCAGGACCUACCAGGAACUCAAGUCUGGUCUCAGCAAGGAAACCAGGGAAACUACUGGCAUAGGGCCACGUUUGCGACCCCAAGUGGUCAAGGUUUUCAGGUCGUGUUUGAAGGAGUUCGCGGCAUCGAGUCACGGGACGACAUCGCUAUCGAUGACGUAUUCCUGUAUACCGACGGUCCUAACAGUUGCCCGCCGAAACCGACUCCCGAGAUCAUUCCUCCGACACCAUCGACCUCCAUGCCAGGGUUCGAUUGCGGAUUCGAAGAAGACUGGUGCGGUUUCUCUCAAGCCCCGUGGGACCAGGGAGAUUGGAGUCUCAUUACACCCAAGACACAAGGAUUCCAGUUAACCAAUAUCUGGGAUCACACUAUUAGAUCGGCGAAAGGUCAUGUCAUAACCUUCGAUCCGAAUCGGGGUCAGUUCAAGACGAACGACCGCUCACGACUAUACUCGCCCAUGAUGUCCCCGUCCAAUGAUCCGCGUUGCUUGACCUACUACUACCACAUGUCCAACCAAAAUGUCGACCAUAUGGGUUUCUACAUCAGAAACUUCAACGAACCUCUGCCGCUGGACCCCGUUCUCUCAGUAUUCGGGAAGCAGCCGUGGGGAUGGCAUGAGCAGAAGUAUACCAUUGAUCCGUCCGAUCAAUAUUUCCAGGUAUGUUUUUACAUCAGCGUCGGACCAAAGAAGUGGUAUUCUGCAAUUGGGCUUGAUGAUAUCAGUAUUACGAAUGGGGCUUGUGAAGUUGCACCGACACCCACCCCAAAGACCGGUAGCUGUGAUUUCGAUCAGGAUAUCUGCGGUUAUACUCAGUCCCCAAACGAUCAGUUUGGCUGGACCAGGAGAAACGGACCCACUGCAUCACUGUACACGAGUCCUCUAACAGAUCAUACCACAGGAACAUUGGAAGGUUACUACAUGUACACUGAGACCUCCUCGGCCAGACGACCCGGCGACACCGCCGACCUGAUGUCCCCGCCCCUCUCGGGAGACAACGAAGGGUUAUGCCUCCAGUUCUACUAUUAUAUGUACGGGCGGGACAUAGGCAAUCUGGUGGUCUACAUCUUACCCGAACUCUCAGACUACCAGUCCCUGGUCGAGAUCAGUCGAGACCAAGGACAGAAGUGGUUUCAUAAGAACGUCGACAUCAAGGCUAUACCCUUUGAGACAUUUCAGAUCGUUUUCAGAGGCAUUGUCGGAGGAGGACCGAGAGGAGAUAUCGCAAUCGACGACAUCACCGUCUUCAAUCAUCCGUGUUCUGGUGUACGAACAGAGAGUGUAUGCGACUUCGAGAGCGGACCGGAAGUGUGCGGCUACGGUGAGGCAAACGGGAUGGGAGAGGAGUGGGAUUGGUACGAUGCCGUUGCCGUUGUUCCUCCGCCAGUCGGUGAUAUGGAUGGUUCAUUUGUGUUCAAGAGUCCAACACCUGGUCUCACGGCGGUCUUGACUACCCCGACCCUGGAUGUACGAUCUGGUAAACAAUAUACCCUUUCACUCGACUACCAAAUCUUCAACGAUUCAAAGAUGGCUUUCACGAUCAGUAUCGAGAGAGAGAACCAAACGGACAACCAUAGAAUCUUCCAACAGACUCGUGGCGUAGAGGGCGUCGUGAAAGGAAAAUGGGAUGUUGACACCGAGGCUCUCGGCUUGGAUUUUGCGAGGAUCGUUUUCACCGCCUCUACUACCUCAUCCCCACAGAAUGGGGUUGUAGCUAUCGAUAAUGUGGUUUUCAAACCUACAAUCUCCGAAAAACCGACGAAUUCGGCACCGAUCAUCAACUCUUAUCGUGGAGAAACCAUCGUCCUCGGCGUCUUUCUCUCUAUUUUCAUCGUCAUCAUCAUUGCCGUCUUCGUUGUCCUAUUCUUGCGACGAUCGCGAAGUUCGGAUUCCAUGACCAUCGGCUAUAAGAAUCACAAAGACGAUGCUACGAUGUCCGGUCCUGUCGCCAUCAACAACGCUGUGGAUGAGGCAAAGAAUGGGAUAGAUAAUCCCAUGUAUGGCCCCUGAAAUACUUUUUAGAAAAAAUAUCUUAGUGGACCCGGCGUACAUGAUUCUUAAAACUUCCCAUACAAAACAAUCCAUAAUUAUAUACCAUUCUUACUUUAAAUCAGUCAUUGUGAUAUGAUACUCUUUAAGAUCCUAAUAAAAGUCAAUGACAAAUAAAUGUGAUUUUUAACAGUAGUUUGUACAUUUUGUUUGUGAACCUACAACGGUUACAAACACAUUUCUAAAAAAAAUUGAUUUCACUUUCAUUUUCUUUCUUUAAUUCUUCUUUUUAUGUUUAUUGCAACCAUAUGAACAACAUACAUAACAUAUCAUAAAACAACAUGAUGAAGAAUGAACAUUUUAAAUCGAUACUUAAUAUUGAUGUAACUGCGAGUAAGUCAAAUGAAUUUUAUUUUGCUCAAGCUGUAUUUACCCAUAUUAUCUUUGAAUUAUAAUGAUUAAAAAGCAAGAUUUAAUUCUUGAAUAUGUAUGUUCUCUA